AUGCUACAACGAAACAUAGCACUACGUUCCAUCCAGGGGGCUAGAGGGGUUAGAUUAUAUUCAAGCAAGUCACAAGAGUCUGUUAACAGCUCGCCGCUUUCUUCUCACGCCUAUAUCGACGACGAUAUUCUUUCGUUAGUGAGCAAACAGAAGAUUGCUGACCACCUUGAAGAUUUGGGCCCAUACCCAUCAUACUCGCUGAUCUUGACUCCCCAGCACUUCUUUCAGAAUGAAGUAUUGAUGAAAUACUCCGAAAAACUGCCCCACCCAGUGUCUUUGAGGCAAUUGGCUGGCUACGGUAAGGCUCUUACCAAACAGAAGAUUCUUGCAUCGGCCAAUUUCGUCAGACUAGAGCUUCCCAUUCGUUUGGCAAUGAGAAUCAGAGACUUACAGACGCUUCCAUUUGGCGUGGUUAACAAUUUCCAUCUUGCCCAGAUCUACGAGAGUUACUACCAUCUGUUUAAUGCUUUCCGUAAGAUCCCCAAUAUCACCACUGCAGCAGAGAAUGAAAAGUUCUGCGAGGAUAUUAGCAUUCUUUUAGACCAACACGUGUUUAACUUGUCCCACUUGAUGAUGGGAGCGUUAGAGGUUUCCAUCUUGGAGAGCUUACCUCAGCCGGAGCUUGACGCUUUCAUGAGUUCCAUGCUUCGAUCCAGAAUCAGUAGAAGAGUCAUUGUCGAGGAGCACUUGUCUCUUACUGAAAUCUAUAAAAAGCAUCCAUACCAAAGGAAAUCUCCCGAUUACAUUGGUGAGAUUUUCCAUCAGUGCAAUGCAGCUGAACACUUUAAGAUGGUCCAUGAGUUGGUCAAGGAUUCUUCCUUGGACGCGUUCCCAGAACGGGACCUCAUGCCUGAUUUGGUUGUUGAAGGAGAUACCUCGUUGAGCUUCCCGUUCAUGGUGCCUCAUUUACAUUACUUGUUUGGUGAAAUCCUCAGAAACUCGUUAGAAGCUACCAUCACCACUCAUGGCCACACACAGAAGAAACUCCCACCUAUAAGAGUUACAAUCAUAGAUUCCAAGAAGCUGGUCACUUUCAGAAUCUCAGAUCAAGGUGGUGGAAUCAGCCACGACAAACUCAAGUCGAUCUGGUCCUUUGGUAAGUCUCCCAGCCAUGCCAGAAAGAGUCUUGCCAAUUUCCAUUCCAUUCCAGAUCUCCAAAUGUACUCUAACUUGCAAGUCACGCCAGCAGGGUCAUCCAUUAUCCAACCACAAGACAGACUUCAAGGCACAUCUAUGGCAGAAACAUCACCUGAAACGAAGAAGUCAACCUUAGACAGGUUGAUCAACAGAAACUACAAGUUCAAGCUUGGUCUCGGCUUACCCAUGUGCAAAGUGUACGCCGAUUACUGGAACGGAAACCUCAGCAUGAACUCCAUCGAAGGCUACGGCAGCGAUACCUGUCUCGAGUUGAGUAAGCUCGGUUUCCAUUCAAACGUCAUACAGUUAGAUAGAGCGUAG